AUGGCCACGGCCACAGUCCUCGCACCAAGCUCUCACUAUCCUCAGUCCUCUUCAUACUCCAGCUAUCCACAACAUCAGACCGGAACAGCGCCGCCGCCACCAUCAAACUCUGGCAGCAACAUGAUAUCGAGCGAGCAUCGUCGAUCUUCUGACGACAAGGAACAGCCUGGUCGACAAUCUCUGCCAUCUAUUUCAGAGGUUAUAUCUGGGACUAGGCCUGGCCAGUAUCCCCCUCCAUCCCAGCCGAAUUUGCAGCCUGGUUCUGGUCUGCCCUCACCUUUUACACCUGCUCCUCGCUCAUAUUCGGAACCUGAGAAGCAUUCGCCUCGACAGCUGCACACAUCGUCAACAUAUCCUCCCCGACAGGAAAACUUGCCUGCAUUCACCGAUUCUCCUCGACCUCCGUUUAAUGGUCGACACAGCUUGCCACCCGUUUCUGACCGCAGGCAAACUCCUCCUUCAAAGCCAGACUUUCCACAACAUCGCCUUGCUGAAUCUCAACAACCGUCGGAUGCUCAUGCUUCAAAUGGCGCUUAUGGCCACCCACCACCGCCAACCUCGCAUCCUUAUCCUGCGGGGCAUCUUCCCCCCGGCCAAGUCCCUCUGCCUACGUAUCCAAUUUCACCUAGGCAUGCUGUACCGCCGCCUCCUGGCCAAUAUGAUGCUCGUGGACAGUCUGUACGACAUGAAGAAGCUGAGUAUCCUAGUCGGCCGAGGUUCGAACCCACCCCGACUCGACACUUUGAGCCUUGGAACUACCAGGAAGCCCUUAGCCAUGAACAGCACGGUUCUCACCCACUUCCCGAGCGAUUACCAACUGAGCGGGAAGUCAACGAUAUGCUGGGGAAUAUCGACAUAAUUAAACGGUGCUUGGAGCAAGUCAGGGAUGCCGUUCAAGUAUCCAUCCAAAACGAGAGGGCUAGAGAAGGCACCAAAAUCAAAGGAGCAUUCGAGGAGCAUCAAGAUGUGUCGAUGUACGAUAACGGAAUGAAGUCUCAGUAUACCAUGACGGAGGUCAAGAAGCGUCGCGGGCGGGCUGCACCUCCUGGCCGAUGUCAUAGCUGCAACAGGAUUGAUACCCCCGAGUGGAGAAGAGGGCCUGAUGGUGCUAGAACCCUAUGCAAUGCCUGUGGUCUUCAUUAUGCCAAGCUCGAACGGAAACGACAGCUAGAGGCCCGAUCUCUGCGGCCAAAACCCGAGGAUAGAAAUUAA